CUCAACCAAGAUAUUUCGUGCGAACAGCAAUCGAGAGUGAAGCUCUGGGACAUCGGGCCCACUAAAUGUUACUUUCAGAAGCUCUGUUGAUUUAGUAAAGUACAUAAUGUCAGUAGUCAUUGUUCACUAAAACCAAGAGAGAGACAAAUCCUCAGCAGAACAGCAGACUCGGGGGGAGGGACUGAAAAGCCGCGAACCGGACUUGAUAUUAGAAAACCAGGGAAGUACUACAAUAUUUGGCAAAAUAAGGACCCCCAUUAGAGGGAGGAGCAGUUCCAACUAGUGAUGGACGAUUUCACUAAAAUACAUAGUCUGCCUCACCUUAAAGGAAACAGCUUAAGAAAGACAGAUACAGCUGUCUUGAAAUGUCCUGCCAGGGCGGAGCACAUAGGACCUGCCACACCUCAUGGACUGAUUACAAAAGAGCUAGAGAGGAGAAUUAAGCUCCCUCAGGAUUUAAUAACCUUUAUUAAAUCCAGCAAUGCUGUUGGUAAGUACCAGGCACUCUUCCAGCAGCGCUUCAGAAAUCCUGUGUUCAUGGAGGUUGAGUUGGACUUGGCUCUGUUCAGUAUGUACCCUCAUGACCUGGAUGAAGCUCAGGCAGCAGUGGUGGGGGACCUGAGUGUGGAGAUCGAGAAGCUCCAAGGUGCCGCUACUGUACCUCCAGAUGCAGACAGAAUAAAAGAAACCCUCAUAAAAGCCAAGAAGGAGUUAAACCGUGAUGAGCUCAGGGUGGACUUCAGCUUCAUUCCCGGGCAAAGUGCAACCACACUGGCCAAAGUGCGCCUGGUGGGCUACACCGAACAUGUGAAGAAGCUCAGAGAUGUUCUUCAGGAUUACUUGUUGAAUCAGGUUUCUACUAAAGAAGUGCUGAACCUGGAGCAUCCUGAAAUGGUGGACUGCUUUGAUAAAAUCCUGGAACUGAUUAGCUUUAAGCAAACAAAGGUUACGUUGAAAGCUUCCCUUCUUCUAAACCCGUGUGUAGCUAUCUCUGGUCCCCGCUGCCAUGUCCAGGAGGCCCACAAGGCUCUUAGGUCCGGCCUAGCCAGUCUGACGUUAAAAAAGGUGAUUUUAGAUGGUCCAGGAGCUCUGCGUUACUUCCAGGCAGAAGGUAAAGUGAGCAAGGAGCUGGUUGAGAGCUCUUGUCAGGUUCUUAUCAAGGAACGACAAGUGUCAGUUCCAAGACAAUUUGCUACUUCAGCUGCGAGCCUUCUUCACACCAGUAACACCAAUCAGCGGUCCUCUUUCCUGUUUGUGGGUCUUCAAAGAAAGCAAGUCGAUGAGGCCAUAACAAAAAUUAAGAAUCUGUACCAAGCUCACAGCUCCACAAAAACCUUCACUUACCACGAUCUGGUAGACCUCACCCAGGACGACAUGAAGGGUUUGAUGAACCUCGUAGAGACUCAUGGUCUGUAUGUACACGAAGACCCCUCCUGCCAGGGAGGCUUGACGGUGAGCGGGUUGAAAGCUGGGGUCAACCAGGUGGAGCAGAUGCUCCGAACCAUUACUCCUCUUAGGAGAGAAAUGAGAGUCAAAGAAGAAGAAAAUCUUUACUCGUCUGUAGCUUGGUGUAUCCUGGGACAGAACGGCAGCUGGGAGAGGCUCCCUAAAACAGCCAAUUACAAUCUGGAAAAGCAGAACAUCACAAACGGUAUAGUGGAUGUACUGGGGCUCACAUGGCAUGUGAAUUUACUGAAGAUGGAGGCCAGAACAGAUUUAUACAGACAGAAGGCCAAGUUGAAACGACUUGAAAAUUUGCCAGACUUUACUUUCCCCCUGUACUGGGACAGCAUGUCUAGUAAUGAAGAUUUGAAAGAAGUGCUACUGGAUCCUUCGUCUGCAGAAUAUCAGACCGUCCAGCAGCAGUUCAGCAGAACUGCCAAGAACACCAUCAUGAAGAUUGAGCGCGUACAGAACAUUCACCUGCGCCGUGGGUACGAAAUGCGGAAGAAAGAAAUCUCUGAAAAGAACAAAAAUGAAGGUGGAGCGGGUGAACGGCUCCUGUACCACGGAACAAGCCAGGAAAACCUUAAAUCCAUCAAAAACAAAGGGUUCAACAGGAGCCUUUCUGGCAAGCAUGCGACUGCCUACGGUCAUGGAACCUACUUUGCUGUAAAUGCCAGCUAUUCAGUGGGCUACGCACCUCCAGCAGCAGAUGGUACUCGAACCAUGUUCGUGGCCCGAGUCCUGACGGGCCUCUACACGCUGGGUCGCAGCGACAUGAAGGUGCCUCCACCUCGCAGCAGCCAGCAGACCCAUGACUGCUAUGACACCUUGGUGGAUCGAACGGACAGCCCCAACAUGUUUGUUGUGUUCCAUGAUUACCAAGCUUACCCAGACUACCUCAUUACCUUUCAUUAAGUAAUCAUUACAUGCUCAGUACUCAGGGUGUGGAUCCUUAAACCCUAUUGACCACUUUAUAUCUUGGAAGUUUUCUUCCUUCCUAAAACUGACUUGGGUUUCGUGCCCAGCCUGUUUCAGCUUAUUCCUACCUUGGAGACGUACUGUACGUACUAGGAGAACUGAAGAUUUCAAGUAGUUAGACCUGAGCACUGAAGGCCGGGCUGAGGCCAGAGUUCUUGUUGAUAGCUGCAGCGAUACCUUUAACAAAGAUUAAAGGCGUUAUCUCACUGCAAUAAACCUCAUUCAGUGUCUUUUUGUAUUUCUCAACUAAGAAAAGAUUUUGACGUUAGCUAAAUAGUCAGUGGACUGAUUCUAAAGAAAAAAUAGACCUCUUCAAUGAGGCGGGCACAGUGGAAGGAGUACAGCCUCGUGGUUGCUAUUAUGAUGCUAUGCCAAACGAUAGCAAUGAAGAGAACAACAGCCAGAAGGAUUUGGCUUUUGGAGACGGACCUAGAGCAAGUCAAAGGAUGAUAACACUAUUGUCUGUACAUAUUAGUACAGAACGAGCCACAAAAUUGUUAUUUUAUAAAAUUAAUUGUAGAAAAUAAUAUUUUAUGUGAUUUUAUAUAACUCUUGCUUGUAAAUGAGUCCCCAGGCUCAAUGAGAUUACCAGUCUAAACAAAAGUAAAUAAAAACUUAGGUGACGGACGAGU